ACAGAAGCGCGCGCACCGGGAGGGAGCCCCUCCGAAAGGAGCAAAGCAGGAGACGCCCGAACUUCGGGAAGGCAGCGCUGCGCAGCUCGGGGAAGGACCCUGGGAGGCUGCGGCUUCCGGGGCUGAGGCGCUCGGAGCCGGUUUUUGCGCGCUCCGGGUCUGGACCCGCAGACGCCUACAAAGGGAGCGCGCAGCACCGGGUCCACACGGGCUCCGCUCCGGGGCGGCGGACAGCACUGACCUCCGCUCGGUCCAAGCGGCGAGGACGAGGUUCUUAUACUAGCUGUGGUCCAAGUGGAACUGUACUGGAAAUGGGCCCCAUAGGCACAGAGGCUGAUGAGAACCAGACAGUGGAAGAAAUAAAGGUGGAACCAUACGGGCCAGGGCAUACCACUCCCAGGGGAGAGCUGGCCCCUGACCCCGAGCCUGAGCUGAUCGACAGCACCAAGCUGACGGAGGUGCGGGUCGUCCUCAUCUUGGCCUAUUGCUCCAUCAUCUUGCUGGGAGUGGUCGGCAACUCCUUGGUGAUCCACGUGGUAAUCAAAUUCAAGAGCAUGCGCACAGUUACCAACUUCUUCAUCGCCAACCUGGCUGUGGCGGAUCUUCUGGUGAACACUCUAUGCUUGCCAUUCACGCUCACCUACACCUUAAUGGGGGAGUGGAAAAUGGGUCCUGUCCUCUGCCACCUGGUCCCCUAUGCCCAGGGUCUGGCAGUACAAGUGUCCACGGUCACCUUGACGGUGAUUGCUCUGGACCGGCAUCGGUGCAUUGUCUACCACCUGGACAGCAAGAUCUCCAAGCAAAACAGCUUCCUGAUCAUUGGCUUGGCCUGGGGCAUCAGCGCCCUGCUGGCAAGUCCCCUGGCCAUCUUCCGAGAAUACUCGCUGAUUGAGAUUAUUCCAGACUUUGAGAUCGUGGCCUGUACCGAGAAGUGGCCAGGGGAAGAGAAGAGCAUCUACGGCACUGUCUACAGCCUUUCCUCCUUGUUGAUCCUGUAUGUUUUGCCGCUGGGCAUCAUCUCUGUUUCCUAUGUCCGGAUCUGGAGUAAACUGAAGAACCACGUCAGCCCUGGAGCUGCGAAUGACCACUACCACCAGCGGAGGCAGAAAACCACCAAGAUGCUGGUGUUCGUGGUGGUGGUGUUCGCAGUCAGCUGGCUGCCCCUCCACGCCUUCCAGCUUGCUGUGGACAUUGACAGCCAGGUGCUGGACCUGAAGGAGUACAAACUCAUCUUCACAGUGUUCCACAUCAUCGCCAUGUGCUCCACCUUCGCCAAUCCCCUGCUGUACGGCUGGAUGAACAGCAACUACCGCAAGGCUUUCCUCUCGGCCUUUCGCUGCCAGCAGAGGCUGGAUGCUAUUCAGUCGGAGGUGUGUGUGACCGGCAAGGCUAAAACAAAUGUAGAAGUCGAAAAGAAUCAUGGAGCCGCUGACUCCGCCGAGGCCACCAAUGUCUAAGGACACGGUGUGGAAAGUUGAAGGUGAAUUCUGACCAGAGCCCUUGGUCUGGUUGUGGAAGGGUCACAGGUGUGUGCUGAUCUGGCCUUAAAGAGGGACAGCAUCCGAAUGGAAGCCCGGGCGGUGUCAUUCCUGGAAAACUGGGUGGCAGAAUCUAGGGAAAAUAUUUGCAUUCAAAGACAAGGUGACGAAGUGGCCCAGUGAUAGUGGCUUGGGUUAGGAUGGGUUAUGUGUGAAAGCAGAGAGGAACACUUGAUUCUUUUCCCAGUGUGAAGGAAACCUGAAGGAGCAAGUGCCCUUGUCAGCGCUGCCACAGCUGGGGUUUGAUUAGCAGCUCUGGGUGGCCCCCGGGACCUGCACUGGCUGCGGUGUGGCCGGCUCUGUCCUCCGAUGCCUACGAAGGCUGCUGAAUGCAAACCUUGCUUGCAAGCUGAUGGCUCUGCUGUGUGAUAUUUCGGUUUUCUUGUUCUUUUCAUACACAGAGUUCUAAAGUCAGUGCUCUUGGUAAACACUAUAUGACUAUAAUGACAUCAAGGGACAAGACAGAUGACUAAUAUUUUGGCAAAUCAUGGGGCGAAAUUCUUAAUAAUCAAUGAAUGUUCUAAAAUCAAAUGCAAGUAGUGAAAAUGUUUCUUUUAAACUCCGAAACAAAGGCAGAAGGUCUAGAAUUACAAAAAGUGUUAAUGGUUCUUGAGUUUAUUUUGAAUUCUUUGUUUUAUAUGAAUAUUAUUUAUAUAAUAGAUAAGCAACAUUGCAAAUUGUCAAAAUUUUAAAAUCUGUAUGAUUUCUGUUACUAUUCUUGUGUUGGAGUAGAGUUUGAGCUCAAAAUUAAAUCAGAUUAGGAAAUAAUUUUUGUGGUAUUUUGUAACAUUUUGUGGUUAUUUGUGUGCAGUUUUUCACACAGGCACACAGCUGUAAUAGCUUUAUGGUAUUCUGCAGUGUUAUUUUCUUUAGAAUUCAUUUUCCAUGGAUGCUUUCAUGAUAAACAAAACAUGAUUUCAUAAAAUGGUCCCAUCUGGUAAGAAAUAUUCAAAGCACUGGAUUCAAUCCAUUUUCCAAAUGUUCUGUUUCAAGCAAUUUCAAGUAAGUUAACUGUUUCCAAUGUAAUUAUAUUUUCUGGAUAAUGUGGAUAUAUACCUGUAAAUAAUAGAACAUAACUACUGUAAUAUUCUUUAAUGAUUUUAUGAAUAGUUUUUAUUUCACUAUUAUCCAAAGAUGCUUAAAACUCUAUUAUGUUUGUGAAAAAUAAAUGAGAUGUUAAAAUAGUUAUAUUAUGUUAGAUGCUUUAAAGAAGUUUCACUGUAGCUAUACUUUUGUAAAUACGAUAGAAUUUGCAAAUAUAUUCCUUACAUUUUAGUUAAAUUCAACCUUUUAUACUUAAUCAUCACAUUAAUGUUAUGAAUUGGAGGGCUUCAUUUUAAAGAUGGAUAUAUUUAAUAUUUAUAGUACGGCUCUUAUUAAAUUCCUUCUAUAUUAGAAAUAAAAGAUUGGUGUUGAACUGCAGUUUUGGAAUUAUGAAAAAGAGUGAAACAAUAAGAAAUAGAAUUAGUGGAAGAGAGGUUAGGAAAUCGAUAAAAAUGUGUAACUGUAAAAUAUUGAAGAAUUUAUUUUGUUGCUGGAUUCAACAUAACUAAGAAGCUUUUUUAAAAAAAAUUUUAUUUAAGAGGAAAAAGAGAAAAACACAAAACAAAACAAAGCGGUGUAAGGGUACACGUAAUACAGAACUACAAAAAAAAAAACAUAACAGUAAGAAAUCACCUGUUAAUAGAUUACAUAUUAUCGUCUUGGAAAUAGUUGCUCAAAUCACAGUAUCAAAGAAUACAAAGUGGACUUCAAACAGAGAGACUGCAAACAGCUGCGUUCAAUGAUCCAAAAACAUUAAUAUAGUCAGCCAUUUAACACCCUCAAACACACUUGCUGUUAUAUCCGUUAGAGCUCUUUUUUUUUCCCCUCUCUUUUUUACAACAAAAUUUACACAUUUUGGAUUUUAUUACUCCUUAGUUCUUAUUACUUUUUUGGGGGGGAGAGAAUACAGUCAAAUAUGGCAAAACAAAGCUGUCAGUCAAAACCAAGGAUAGACAUAGCACAUGAUGUAGAACAGAGUACAAGGUUAUCAACAAUGGUUAUCAACGUUGUCUCUUGUUUCCAACUAAGAAGCUUUUUGUCUUUAACACAGCAGUUGCUUUCCUUCAGGUAUCAGCAGAAAACUGUAGUUAAGCUUUUAUCCCCUUGCAGAAGUCGUUACCUGCAGGGAGUGUGCAGACUGCUUUCCGCUGUGAUAUAUGGAAUGGGUGUGAAGUUAUGACUCUGUUAGCAUAUGUCUGAUCCAAUUAACUGCGUCAGUUUACUAAAAGUAACUUUUCAUGUAUUGCUUUAAAUGUUGAAAUAAAGAAAUAAAGAAAAUUCAGGAAAUUCAA